UGUAACUUGGGAAGGCGACUCUGCGAAUAGAGAGAAAGAGAAUACGUAGCGUAAAUAUCGUACCAAACGAGAGUUUCGUUAAUCCCUUUUUUAAAUUCCGGGCCAAUUGGUUAUUAUGGAGAUCAUCAACCAGGUGUGUGUUCUCAAAAUAAGGCAGGGAAGGCAUCAGGACUGGACGAAAAUUGGCGGCAUGGAAUCAAUUUUUUAUAUAGGAAGCCUGUGACUUCAGGUGGAUAGAUAUACGAAACCAAGCCCCAUGCCAUGCGCCUCAUUCCUCAUCCCUCAUCCUUGACGACUUGGCAUUGGAGACUUUCAUCAUCUUCUGUUCAUUAUUAUUAUUAUUCCCACCUACAUACUCGCUCUAUGGGCAAAUUCCCAGGCCCUUAUGACAACGCGAUUUCCGCGAGAUCUCUAUCAACCACACUUUUUGGUUCGGGGCGGAGACGAGGGGCUGACGGAGCGGGAUAUAUCUAGUUGAAUAAAAUCCCGAGAAAUCGGAGCAUGUUCUUCUUCCCGUAACUUGCUUCGGGGGUUGUUCACUGGUUACCAGUUAUGGUGUCAGCCGGGUCGCGGAUAGCACGGCGAGGGGGAAUUUCUGGGGGCGUUCGGAGGCGUAAAUGGGGGAACAUUACUGCGUCUAGAUACCUUGUCAAAAAGCGAUUAACGAUACAGGACUACCCCGUAUUAAUGACGAGAGGACGAAAUUGCUAGUCCAAGGUGAUGUGGGCGUAGGGCAUUAAUCGCCCGGUUGAGCUGCAAGAACUCGUUCAACAUCCAAGACGCAGAACGCAUUUCAAACUCUUGUCGAGCACAUAGAAGAUAGAAGAUACAAAGAAGUAUUUAGACCUCAUCAACCAGAAUAUCCGCUUCGGAUCAAUGGGCGGGGAAGGGGGAAAUAGACAUCCCCGAUAAGCGGCCUUAAGUAUUUGAGUUGUUGGCCAUUUAAACAGCAGCAAACCCCGAGCACAAGCUUAAAAAAUACUUAAUAAAUAACUAAAUACCCCAAGCCGUGACUGACUCCACGCCGCCACAAGAGCCAAAUUUCUGCCCUUCUUAAUUUUUUUUUUUAUUUUUUUUCCCCCUGCCAACUCCCUUCUCAACACCCUCUGCCUACAAAUAUUCCUCGAAUCUCCUCUCACGACACCCUUUCUCUGACCCUGAUAUCUAUCGGCAUAGCUACCCGCAAUCCCUCCCGUCGCCUGUUUUACCUCUCCGCCGCCACCCUGUCACCCUCCGAAGCGGCCUCGAUACCCUCUCCGACCGCGGGCCAACCGCUGCCGUCUGCUCCUCUUUCCGCGUCCUCCUCUCUCCGCCCUUCAGACGCCGUGAGGGCCCAGGUAGAGUCAGGCAGCUCCGGCUGCACUAAACCGCCUUUCAUGGCAUCCCCAGACAGUGUUCCGGGUGAAGAAUACGACUAUGAAGCCCUCCCGCCAGACUAUUCCCUUGGGCAUAAUAUGUUGGCUGGUGCCUUUGCUGGCAUUGCGGAACACUCUGUCAUGUAUCCGGUUGACUUGCUCAAGACUCGAAUGCAAGUGCUAAAUCCAUCCGCUGGUGGGUUGUAUACGGGUCUCAGCAAUGCCCUCACAACGAUAUCCCGGAUCGAGGGCUGGAGGGCUCUAUGGAGGGGUGUAUCGAGCGUGAUUGUUGGUGCUGGUCCUGCCCACGCCGUUUAUUUUGGCACAUAUGAAGUGGUUAAGGAAUUCGCUGGAGGCAAUGUUGGAAGUGGCCAUCAUCCAUUCGCAGCGGGAUUGAGCGGAGCGUGCGCCACCAUUUCCAGUGAUGCCCUUAUGAACCCCUUUGAUGUGAUCAAGCAACGUAUGCAGGUCCACGGCUCCACCCACAAGACCAUGAUCGAAUGUGCGCGAACCGUCUACCGCACCGAAGGACUUCGAGCAUUCUACGUCUCCUACCCCACCACGCUUUGCAUGACGAUUCCAUUCACAGCCACCCAGUUCAUCGCCUACGAAUCCCUCUCAAAAGUCAUGAACCCUUCAAAGGCCUACGACCCCUUCACCCAUUGUAUCGCUGGUGGGUUGGCUGGUGCAGUUGCAGCGGCCAUCACCACCCCGCUUGAUGUGAUCAAGACAGUACUACAGACCAGGGGAGCUGCGGAGGAUGCCGAGGCCCGUUCCGCGCGCGGCUUGUUUAACGCGGCCAGCAUUAUCAAACGCCAGUAUGGCUGGGCUGGAUUCCUCCGCGGGAUGCGCCCGAGAAUCAUCGUGACCAUGCCAAGUACCGCUAUCUGCUGGACUUCAUAUGAAAUGGCCAAGGCAUACUUCAAGCGACAGAGGCUAUCCGAAUCACUCUCGUGAAAUAUAACAGUAAUAUAGCAUCAUGAACAGUUGGUUCGCUAUUUAUUGUGCUUGUUUUUCUUUUCCUUUUUCCGUUUUUUCAACACAACGCAACUUGGCGAACUCCCGAUGACCGGUCGACCCAGCAUCCCUCAUCUGCACAUACGAGAACAACAAUAUACUUGCAUAGAGCAGCGCACACAGGCGCCCGCGGCUUUUGAGAGAGAGAGAAAAGAAAAAGAAAAAUGGAAAAAGGAAAUAUCUUUCCCACGGGUUCCUCUUUGAUGCUAUCUUGUUAUUUACCCCAUAUUUAACCAUGUUUCGGGUCAUCUAUGUGUGUGUGCCUUUUUUUUUUCCCGACUCGAUUAUUAUAUUUGCAAUUUGGCCGGAAACCGAAGAGAGAUGUGAUGGACAUCCCUCCCCCCCCGGCGGUUAGAAUUUUGCUUUGGGAUUCUGUUUUUUGUUUCUUUUUUCCACGCUGGCAUACUCUAUAUUUUCUUUUAUUUCUUUUUUCCUUUCCUCCUUGUACUAUUUCUUGUACUCUUCUUUUUUCUCUCUUUUAACCCUAAUCGAUUACAGUAGGUAGGCGUUUUUUGGGCACGGGAAAAGAAAAGGCCUUUUUUUGUUUUUUUUUUUCUUUCUAUUCCGUGGGGACACUAAGUGACAUAUAACUUUCAACGAACAUGAUGUAUGAAACUAAUAUGUUCUUUUGUCCCCUUCAUUCCCCUCCCCCCAACGCAUCUUCUCCCCUCUUUCGCUAUCUUUCCACAUACCUCGUCAUGUAUUUUCUUAUUUUCUGUUGUUAAAGGGGAUUCUACAUUAUCAUCCCAUUUGGAUGCUGUGUAUUUUCUUUUUUUUUUCUUUUUUUUUUUUUUUUUAUUCAAUUUUUCCCGCUGAUAUCUCAAUUAUUUUCUCUUUUUUUUUAAUUCGUUCCACUCUCACCUCACCCUUUUGUCUCCGAAACCGGCGCAUUGUUUCUGUCAAUUUUCUUCGUUUCGAAUUGGAGAGAAUAUUAGCAGAGAGGGGGCCUUGCAUGUGGUUCUUUAAAUUACUUAUAGAAUUGAAAUAUGGGACAGCGGUUUCCUUCGAUGUUAAAGGAAGAUAACUAUGUCUACUCUGCGGUUGCAAUAAACUCUUUUUACUCAUUGUUUUAGUUACGGGGGCAUCGUGGUCCCUUCGCAGAGCCAGUUGGCAAUUGAUUAAAGCUGAAAAUAAAUAAGGACGGAGUAAAUGCGAGUUGUUGAUAUUGAGAACUUAGAAACUUAAGGUCCAUAUACAUACAAUUCCAU